AUGGUUUCGGAUAGCUGCUAUCAGACAUUAUUUAAAAGCAAACCAAUAUCUGAAUUUUGGGCUCAAUUAGGGGAAGAUCAUUCAGUAUUAAGUUCAAAAGCUAAACUGCUUUUACUGCCUUUUGGUACUACGUAUCUUUGUGAAACGGCUUUUUCGAGGUACACAGCUACAAAAACAAAAUAUCGAGCACGUUUGGAUGCAAAAAACGAUAAGCGUCUUCAAUUGACUUCUGUGACACCGGACAUCGACAAACUCAGUAGUAAAAAGCAGGCCCAAUGCUCACAUUAA